CUGAACAGAUCGAGUUCUGGGAAAAAUGAGGAAAAGAAAGGCAAUAAGGGAAAUGGCAAAGGUGAAUCUGUUUCUGAAGGUGGAAAGACAGCUGUAGUGUUUUCCUUGAAGAAUGAAGUUGGUGGAUUGGUGAAAGCUCUCCGACUCUUCCAGGAGAAACAUGUGAGUAUGGUUCAUAUUGAAUCACGGAAAUCAAAGAGAAGGAACUCGGAGGUGGAAAUUUUUGUGGACUGUGACUGCAGUAAGAAAGAAUUUAAUGAACUAAUCCAGUUGCUCAAGUUUCAAACUAACAUUGUAUCUCUCAAUCCACCAGAAAACAUCUGGACUGAUGAAGAAGAUCUCGACUGUGUCCCUUGGUUCCCCAGGAAGAUAUCUGAAUUAGACAAAUGCUCACAGAGAGUUUUGAUGUAUGGAUCUGAGCUGGAUGCAGAUCACCCUGGAUUUAAAGACAAUGUAUAUCGACAGAGAAGAAAGUACUUUGUGGAUGUUGCCAUGAGCUAUAAAUAUGGUCAACCCAUUCCCAGAGUGGAGUACACAGCUGAAGAAAUUAAAACAUGGGGUGUGGUAUUUAGGGAACUCAGUAAACUCUAUCCUACCCAUGCUUGUCGUGAAUAUUUAAAAAACUUCCCUCUGCUGACCAAGUACUGUGGAUAUAGAGAGGAUAAUGUGCCUCAGCUGGAAGAUGUUUCUAUUUUUCUUAAAGAAAGGUCUGGCUUCACAGUGAGACCAGUUGCUGGAUACCUAUCUCCCCGAGAUUUUUUAGCUGGCUUAGCCUAUCGAGUUUUUCACUGUACUCAGUACAUACGACAUGGCUCAGAUCCUCUCUACACACCAGAACCGGAUACGUGCCAUGAACUGUUGGGACAUGUGCCUCUACUUGCUGAUCCCAAGUUUGCACAGUUUUCACAAGAGAUAGGACUUGCUUCACUGGGAGCAUCUGAUGAAGAUGUUCAGAAAUUAGCCACU